GGGUUUAGUUGGAUGCUAUAUGAUUGUUCUCUUGUUAUGUUUGCAAUUAUUGCAGUGUUGUGAUGGUGGAUGAGGCUCACGAAAGAACACUCUCAACUGAUAUUCUGUUUGGAUUAGUAAAGGAUAUUGCUCGUUUCCGGCCUGAUCUCAAGUUGCUAAUAUCAAGUGCUACACUUGAUGCCGAGAAAUUCAGUGAUUACUUUGAUUCUGCACCAAUAUUCAAAAUUCCAGGGAGACGAUAUCCUGUUGAGAUAAACUUUACAAAAGCUCCAGAGGCUGACUACUUAGAUGCAGCUAUUGUCACCUCACUUCAAAUCCAUGUCACUCAACCUCCUGGAGAUAUAUUGGUUUUCCUUACUGGUCAAGAAGAAAUUGAAACGGCUGAAGAAAACUUGAAGCAGCGAACUAGAGGCUUGGGGACUAAAAUUGCCGAGUUAAUAAUAUGCCCUAUAUAUGCCAACCUACCAACUGAACUACAAGCUAAAAUAUUUGAACCCACUCCUGAAGGAGCCCGAAAGAUUGUACUUGCUACUAAUAUUGCAGAAGCAUCAUUGACAAUUGAUGGGAUCAAGUAUGUCAUUGAUCCUGGAUUUUGUAAGAUGAAAAGUUAUAACCCGAGAACAGGAAUGGAGUCUUUGCUAAUAACUCCUAUCUCAAAAGCUUCAGCAAUGCAAAGAGCUGGUCGUUCUGGAAGAACUGGUCCAGGAAAGUGCUUUAGAUUAUAUACUGCAUACAAUUUUCAAAAUGAUUUGGAUGAUAACACUGUGCCAGAAAUACAGCGGUCUAAUCUCGCCAGUGUUGUAUUGUCUUUAAAAAGUCUUGGUAUUCAUGACUUGAUGCAUUUUGAUUUCAUGGAUCCUCCACCUUCUGAGGCCUUAUUGAAAGCUCUGGAGCUUCUAUUUGCAUUAAGUGCACUAAAUAAGCUUGGGGAGUUAACUAAAGUGGGUAGACGGAUGGCAGAGUUCCCACUUGAUCCUAUGUUGUCAAAAAUGAUAGUGGCUUCAGAAAAGUACAAAUGUUCAGACGAUAUCAUUUCUAUUGCUGCUAUGCUUUCUGUUGGAAACUCAAUAUUUUACCGUCCAAAGGAUAAGCAAGUGCAUGCAGACAAUGCAUGGAUGAAUUUUCACACUGGAAAUGUGGGAGACCAUAUUGCAUUGCUAAAGGUCUACAAUUCAUGGAAGGAGACCAAUUUUUCAACACAAUGGUGUUAUGAAAAUUAUAUACAGUUCUUGUUGGAGCAAAGUGUUCAAAUGCCCGAGUUUUCGGCUGCUGGCCAAUCUGGCUAA